AUGUCGACAUUUAUCCGAACCGAUGUUACCUGCGUAAAGUUUUACCAACAGUUCGUAUUAGCAGGGAUCGGAAGUGUUUUACAUGUAUUUUUAAGAGAUGUUGACAAAUUAAAACAAACAUUAAGCGUGUUAAAUGGGCAAAAAAUCUACGGAAUUGUUCCUUCAAAAACGGACAAUAAAUUAAUAAUUUUCGGUGGCAAACAGAUAGAAAUUGUUGAGCUUGAUGUUGAGAAGGAUGUUUUUUAUUGCUGUUUUAUGCCUAUAUUGUGUGAUGACUGGGUUCAUUCAGCUGUAUGGAAAUCUAGUAAUAUAAUUGCAAUACUAACAGCUCACAAUGUUGUGGAGACAUGGAAUACAGAAUUUCAAAUGCAGUGCAGUCAAAAUAAGAGUAAAGAGAACUCAAUUUUAUACUGUGGGCUACUAGUUAAUCUUCUAGAUGAUGUAUUAGUACUAAGUGGUACUGUUUUUUCUGAGGUUCUCCUCAGAUUUCCCGAUGAAGAAACAUUUUAUUCAUUAAAAGGGCAUAAGGGUGUCAUAUUUUCAAUUACAUGUGACUUCAAAAGAGGAAUUAUAAUAACUACUUCAGAUGAUAGGUCAGUGAGAAUCUGGGAAGUUCAAUCCCAAAUUGACAAAACAUUUGACACUAAGGUAUCUUGGACAAAUGUGGAAAAUAUACCAUGUUUACAUGAGUUAUAUGGUCAUGGGGCAAGAGUGAUGAGAAAUUGUAUUAUCAGUGAUUAUGUUGUUUCUGUGGGGGAAGAUUCAGCUAUAUGCUAUUGGGACAUUAAUGGAAAGCUUCUAAGAAAAGUAACAUCCCAUACCAAUUCCUGUAUAUGGUCACUAGAUGCAGAAGAUAAUUACUUAGUGACUGGAGGAGGAGAUAGUGCAGUAAUUAUUCAUCCUUUAUCAGUUAUAACUGAAUACAAUAAAAAUUGUCUAAGCCUAAAUUUGAAUAUUAUAUCACCAAAAAAAUUAGCUUUUACAGCUCAAAGGAAUAUAGUCAUUAUGACAGACUGCAAUGAGUUAAUUUUCUACAAUGCUGAUUCUAAUACUAAAACUGAAUUCAAACUAAAUCAUGAGACAACCUAUAAACUCUUAAGUGUUUCAUCUUGUAAACAACUUAUAGCUGUAGUAGAUAUGUCAGGAAAAUUUGAUGUCUUUAUUGAAAAUUGCAAAGAAAAUGUUAUAAAUAAUAUCAUAGAUACUAAACUUGACGUUGGGAAAAUAAUGUCCAUGCACUGGGCAGGAAACCGCCAUUUAGUGUUUUGUGCUGAAUUAGGAAGAAUAACUAUUUUGACUGCUGAUAAUAAAAUUGAUAUCUUUGCCACAUUUAAUUUACCAAAGUGUAAAGAGCGAUGGCUGACAGCAGUAGCUAUAAAUGGAGACAAUCUUAUAGCAGGUGACCGAUGUGGUAACAUACAUAUAUAUGUUAAAGGAGAAAUGGGACCAAUUAAAACAUUUAAGCACAUUCAUGGAAGAUAUGGACCUACAUCAAUAAAAAUUCUCAAUAAUACUGACUUUAUUACCACUGGUAGAGAUGGAUGUAUAAAAUACUUCUCUUUGACUAGGUAUUUGUAUAGCAGAGACCUUGAUUAUCCCUGGGUUGAAAGAUUUGUUGACAAUAAUAACAAGUAUGUGUGUGGUUUUCAAGAGCGGACCUUCAUUGUAUACGAUAUUGUACAUAAUAUAAAGGUUUUAGAAGUGCAAUGUGGGGGAGGACAUAGGUCCUGGGAUGUAAUACGCUACAUACAGAAGAGCAAUGAAGAUUUUAAUGAAUUUAUUUCAUUUAUUUAUAUCAAGGAGUCGAACAUAAAUUCACACACAUUUCAAUUAAAUAAAAUAAUGUCCAGAAGUAUUUUUACUGGAACACACUCAAAAGAAAUCAACUGUUUAGGUUCUCAUAAAUAUCCUUUAGAUUCAUCUAUAACAUAUUUUGUAUCAGGUGGUGAAGAUACCACUUUGCGCAUAACAAGUUUAAACUCUGCAAAUCAACUCAAAGAGGAAUUAAUAUUUAGACACUUGUCCAGUAUAAGAACGGUUAAGUUAAAAGAAUUACAUGAUAAUUCUUUGCUUGUGGUAUCUGCAGGUGGUCGGGCACAAAUCUGUAUACGAAGGAUUUUAUUUAAGAAGAUUGCAAGUAGCAUUCAUGUUUCAGGAGAAGAGUUGGUGAAUCAUAUGAUUAAAGGAACAGACAAAGAACGUACAGAAAGUCGUAAAAGAGGUUGUGAAACUGAUUUUGAUCCUGAAACAAGAGUGAUGGAUCUAGAAAUUUUAAGCUCAGAUAAUGUGAAGUUUUUAAUAUUUGUUGGGUGCUCUGAUGGUAAAAUUAGAACAUUAGAGUUUAAUCUGCACAAUAAUGAAAUCAAUAAUGUAGAUUACAUUGAAAAAGGCUUAUGUUUUUUAAAGAUGAGAUUAUUAGAACUACCCGCAAGAAGAAUGUUAAUAUGUUCUACAUCACAUGCUUCUUUGUAUAUCUGGGAUUUGCCACAAUUAAUUACAGACUACGAGCAGCACUAUUUAAUUCAUAAAUCUGGCGUAAAUUGUAUUGCUACAGCAAUUAUUUCUGAUACUGACUUUUUAAUGGCUACUGGAGGGGAUGAUAAUGCAGUGUUGUUGAAUUAUAUGUCUGUAGAAGAGUGUGUGGUGGUAAAGAAGGAGGUUUGGACAAGCGAGACUAGCCAUUGCUCUCAAGUGACAGGUGUGCUAAUAGUAGACAACCUUCUUGUAUCAGCAUCCAUAGACCAAAGAGUCACGGUAUUUGAAUGGUCUCUUCUCGAUAGACUCAAGUGUGAAUUUAGGUCGCAAGUAUUUAGCGAUGUAGCUGACAUACAGGGUAUACAACUUCUUCAAAGUGAUAAGUCAUCAUUAACAGUUUGUGUAUUUGGGAAAGGCAUCGAAGUGAUGUUAAUUCAACGCCCUCCGCCGCAGUCACACUAG